AUGAAAGAUCGAUUUACGAUGACCGCGUUCGACAAGGAGAUGAAAAAAGUCAUUGAGUCGAAUGAUAAAUUGACGAAGAUCCGUGCAAAUGAGAAUUUCGGGGAUCAAGAAGUGAGAGAGAAGCUGAUUCUGACGAUCAUGAAAGAUACAGAAUUUCAAGACAUCUUCCGGGUGGUGAGCCAAGUACAUGGAAAAGAGAAAGCACAAGAAAUGUCUUAUAAGACUUUACAGCGAGUAUUUGGUAAAAGACAUGGAAGAGCUUUGUACUUCGAAGCGCUGAGGGAAAAUGAUGUCAAAAAGGUUGCUUUAGGGGAAACAUACCUGCCCGACAUUGCCACAUCUAACCUUAAGUUGUAG